AGUGAACUGAGAGGAGAAACGAAUAGGGUGUGGUAUGCCAUACAUCGCAUCCACCUCACUAAAUGUUUCGUGAGUUCUAGCAGUAGGGACGUUCUAAGCAGAUUACUUUUCUCCUCUCUCUCUAUCGCUCACUUCGAAGCUGAUCUAGCCGGGAUGCUAAGGGAUCAAUUUUUGCAUUUAUUUUCGGAAGCCUUGAUGAAAUAUUGAUCGGAUGCCAACUGUCACGCCAUUUCCUUCAAUUCAUCUUCCACAGAGAAAGAAUUUAUCAUUUAACAUCAAUUGAAAUUAACUUGGAUUCUUUAAUAUGUCAUGUGGGUUUUAACUGGUGGUGUUGACAUGAUUGAAUUAUCCCGUCUCUCUCACUUGACGCCUUACCCUUGUGAUUGAACCUGUGCAAGAAAAUUUACAGGUUUUCGUCAUUUUUAGUGUUAACAAAGUACUCUGAGAGAUUUCAGGAGUGUUGUCACGUCUUAGUCAUCACGGAACUGUUGCUUCAUACCAACAAUGGCAAAUAGAUUUGUGCACUUGUUGCUGCUGGUGGGGAUAUGUGGUAACGUACUUAUGGAAUCUUCAGUAGCCCAACCAACCACCCCAAUUCCAACUGACAUCAGGGUCAAGUUGUGUGGACUAUUCUCCAUUCACUUUCGUGUAGACAUCGAUGACAUGAGUUGGACGGAAGGUCCAGCCCGUGAGCGUUGUGAUGGUUACCAUAUGCUUUCCUACCUUCGUGCUCGGGCAAUGACUUAUGCCAUUGAUGAGAUCAACCACAAUACUGACAUCUUGAGACACAUCCACCUGGACUAUGACAUUAGGGAUAUCUGCAACUGGAAGAGUUCUGCACUUCGGGCUGCUUCUCAAUGCCUUGGCUUGGAGUACGACGAGGAAGCGAUCACCCUCAAUUCAGAUCCAGCCAUAACCAACCAAUCUGCCUUGCUCUUUGUUGGACCUGAUACAUCAGAAAGUGCAGAAACGGUGGCUGACUACGCUCAGAACUUUGGUGUCCCAAUCAUCAGCUAUUCUGCUACCAGCGCCUUGCUCAGUGAUCGGACCAAGUACAGGACGUUCUUCAGAACUGUGCCUUCGGACAUUCAUCAAGCAGCUGCUGUUGCUGAACUCAUCGCGAGUUUUGGAUGGAACUGGGUAGGACUCAUCGCCCUGGAUAAUAGCUAUGGACGGUCCAUUGCAGUGGAUUUUCGUGCCAGAGCUGCUAGACUUGGUUUAUGUAUUGCUCUGGAUCUGUUGGUCUCCCGAGAAGUUGACGAUGAAGGUAUGCAGAGACUAGUGGAUGCGAUCGAACAGAAUCCAGUAUUAGAGGUGAUGGUAGCUUUCACCUAUACCAAAACUCUUACAUCAAUCUUGGAAAAAGCCGAGAUACGACUUCCGGGUAAAAAGUUCACAUGGAUUGCAAGCGAUGUUUGGGCAACUUCAACAGCGAUAUCAAGUAAGAAUUAUGGCAUCCUUGGAAAUGUGUUGGGCGUGGUACUCCAAACCCAUGAAAUACCAGGGUUUGUACCGUACCUGGCUUCUCUGAAUCCUACAGAUGCUAGAUUCCAGAAUGAUACAUGGCUGAGAGAGAUCUGGGAGACGAACUUCCACUGCAGCUUAUCGGACCCGAAUAAAACUGUUGCCGCCAAAUGUGCAUCGCACGAUCUACUGGACCUAGAAAGUGUCCGAGGGUACUCCAGGUCGUUUAGUCUCUACCACGUCUACUUGGCAGUCUACACAGCCGCUUACACGCUAAGAAGCAUAGAAGAAUGCACAGCCCCCGGAGGACUACUCGCGGAAGGCAGGUGUCCUAUUCUUGACGACCUGGAACCCUGGCAGCUCAUCAAUUAUCUCAACCAGGUCAACUUCACGAAGCUUUCUGGAUCCAAGGAUCUUUCUCCAUACCAUACAUUCAACGAAAAUGGAGAGAUGGCGGCCAACUUCUGCAUCAUCCACUGGCAGCGCCAAGGAGGGACAUCGGUGCCACCAGGAAGCGCCACCCGAGCCGAUAAUGUUUCCUCCCAGGCUGAUAUGGAUGAGCAAAGGGUGCACUUUGUAGAGAUUGGUCGGUUCGAUGUACAGCCCAGUGGGGAGGGCGCUCUGACAUUGGAUCGAACACUUAUCGACUGGCACCAUGACAUCAACGGAGGACAGCCCCCAGAGGGAGUAUGCCGUGCUGCUUGCCAACCCGGAUACGUCAAGGUGUCGAGAGAGGGCUCACCUCCCUGUUGUUUUGAUUGCGAGGCUUGUCCAGUUGGCUCCAUCACAAACCAGACAGGUCGAACACAUUGCAUUCAAUGUCCAGAAGGUGAAUGGUCGAACGACGACAGUACAGAGUGCAUGCCAAAGUUCACCGACGUUCUGGUAUGGCAAGAUCCAGUCGCUAUUGUGUGUCUGGUUAUCUGUGGCAUCGGCGUGAUCUGUACCUUGAUAUCUUUGGGAAUCUUCAUCCACCAUCAUGAUACAGCUGUAGUCCGUGCUUCGAAUCGUCCACUCAGUUACUGUCUGCUUUGUCUUCUUAUGCUGGGGUUCGUAGAGCCGGUCCUUUAUGUCGGUACGCCAACGAACUGGACCUGCAACUUUCGGAUCGCGCUACACAGUGUUCUCAACGCCGCCAUAUUGGCUUUGUUUUUGGUCAAAACAAGAAGGAUUUUGGCCGUUUUUGAUACCACCUCAUGGCGCAAUGAAUCUCUCGUCAAACGCGUGUUACGUAAUACAUCAGCCCAGGUCGUGCUCUUCAUCCUCCUGUGGGUCAUACAGGUUGCCGUGGUGACAGCCUAUCUCUCGUUAGCGCCCUCUCGUGUUCAGGUAGAAUACAACCUCUCAACAACCAAGGUCUACAUCAUCUGCGAGAGUAACCUCUAUUGUUUCAUUGUCAUGUACAGUUACAUAGCGCUUAUUGCCAUUAUUUGUUUUGUCCUCUCGUUCAGGGCGAGAAAAAUCCCAGAAAACUUCCACGAGACUCGUUACAUCACAGUUACCAUGAUGUUCUACAUUGUGAUUUGGAUCGUCUCCCUUCCCCUUUAUUUUUCUAUCAACGGCAGUCUGCAGUCGUUGCUGCAGAUGAUCACCACAUGGCUUUCUAAUGCAAUGAUACUUGGGUUUAUGUUUGUUCCCAAGUGCUAUAUCAUCCUGGCUCGGCCAGAGACCAACACGUCAAACAAUGUUAGGAGAAAGGCAUCAAAGUUCCCCGUUGGAGCAGAAUUCCAUAGUUCCCUAGGCAACAACGACGUUGUGCAUUAUAAAUCGCGAACCAGGACGAUCACAACAUCCCACUGAUAAAAAAGCUGAAGAACAACUAUCAUCUGGCCACAGAUCAAAAUCGAAGGCUGCCAAACUGCUUGGAAACUAUUACACCAUGUACACUGUCGUGUGAAUGUAACUAUAAAUUGGCGAUUAAAAAAAGAAGAUGAAAAUGCCACACGGCUCAAUGAUUUAUAGACAUAUACUAGAUAUAUUAUAGUCUCUUAACAUUAUUCACAUAGCAUCUUUCAUGAUGAUGCAAGUAGUUCUAAGAAUCAACCUGUCAAAUGGUUGUCCAGUUGCAGCAUAAAACAUGUUUACGUUCCGUCUACGAACGGUUUCUACAUGUCUACUAUUACGACGGACCUAACGCGAUCAAAUCUGCAACAGCAAGUAGUAGUGAAAAAAAACCACUAGUGUUCUUCAGUUCAUAUUUACCUGGAGUUUCGAGAUUAUUAGAUCACCUUCCUUUCAUGAAUACAACGGACAAAAAAAUUGAGCAUUUUUAAUGAAAAACCCCACUUAUUUGCAAAGAGAAGUGUUAACGAAAUAAAAAAUAAGCGAGCGAGCCUGCUUUGUUAUCAGAUUUUGUGGAAGCGUCGAGGUUUAGCGGUUCUUACUGUCGCCUUGUAAUCAGAGAUGGUCGUGUGAUCGAACCCCACCAUGGCUUAGCGUCCUUUGGCAAGGCGUCAAUCCACACUUUGCCACUCUAACCCAGGUGCUAAAUUGGUUCUCGUUAGGAAACAACCGUCAUUGUGUUACUGUUUGGUUCAGUAAGACUGCGCCGAACGGGCUAAAAAGCUAUGAAUCCAGUGACCGGGUAAUAAUAAUUGUGAAGCGCUUUGAGCAGUCAUAAGGGGAGUUUCAAGAAACUUACGAUGAAUUUCAAGUCUACUUUUGGUCCCAAAAUCAAUCAUAUGUCUUGAUUGCUUAUCUGCUCAUUGAAACAAGGAGUGUAAUCUGAUUUGCUACAGCUAAAAUAGAUCUAUCAGUUGUAAAAUCACAACAUAAUAUUUCAAACUGAUUGCAAAUAUUUUCUCGCAACAUCCCUUAAGACUGGAAUCGCACUAUAAAAGCCCAUUACUAUAAUUCAUUAUUAUGAUUAUUUUCUGUUAGACUUCCUUGAAAUAGAACAAAAAAUCAUGGAUUUUUCAAUUCACUUUAUCUAAAAAUAUGCUGGCGUAAACUUAUCUGUUGUACAUUCUGAUACAUUUUAAGUGAUUGUGUUCAUGGCUUGUGUCGUAUUAUUCAAACAAGUCCGAUAUUGAUUUUGACAGGGUAAAUGUAUAUGUGCCUGUUUCUUUCAAUGUGUGCUUUGUAAACAAAAUGUGUUAUCAUUACUUUUGAUUUAAUGAAAAUCAUAUAUAACAAAUACUGCAAGUUUUGUUUAUGUGUCGCAGGAAGUUGAUCUAUUUUUGCAUUGAUGCAACUGCAGCCUUGCGCUUGCCGUCUUUAUCAAAUUCAAUCUAUGAUAUUCAUGAUAUUGUGUUUAAAUAAUCAUAACUAUAAAACAACACAAAAAGUAGAUAAAAAUUUACGAGGUCGGGCAUGGAAAGAAAAGUAUUAUUACAGACACAUUUCCACACUGUUGAGUUAUUUAAAUGCUUCUUCAGUUCUUGGUGAAGCUUUCGCGGUAAUUUCUGGAGGGUGCACAGCUAUGUUUUUAAUUUUUCUUUGUUAAAAAGCGCUCUCAAUUUUAACAAGGCGCUUUCGGUUUUUAUGUUUUUUUUCCUUUUUACCAUCAUGGGCAGUACAAGUUUUUCUGAAAUUUUGGAGAAUCCAUUAUGAUAGUCUCGGUU